CCAACUCCUACUGCAGAACCAACUGAAAUUACAGCUCAGAAUCUCCACGUGCCAGGAUAAUGCACGGUAUACAUUCGUCCGGCAAGCGCCUGUUACGUACGCUGUUGGAUUCUAAUUGUACCACUUUUUAUUGAAGAAUCAUAUAACUUUCGUCUGUCUAGCUUUCAGAUACCCUUUGCCUGCCACAUCUCCGAAAUUCAUGUGGAUGCCAUAACAUCUUUUGAGUUGCAUCAUAACUUCCAUCCGCCAAUUACCUCUUCGCUUUUAUUAUAAGUUAAUACUUUUAGUGGCAAUGAGUUCAAUUCCUUCAAGCACGGAUCUAUCCAAGAUUCCUUUAGCUCUCAAUCCGAAUGGCGAUCCUCCUAACUUCAACAAUCCUCCUUCUCUCGAACCCGCUGUCCUCGGUGUAGGAAUAUCUCUGAUGGUUAUUAGCUUUUCGUUUCUAGCCCUACGGUUAUUUACCAAUCUAAAACUGGUUGGAAAGCUCGGAUUAGAUGACUGUGAGUGGGAACUUUACUUGGAUUUUCACACUACCAUAUUCAUUGUUGCUCCGGACUCACUGAUACACAAUAGAUCUUUGCGUCUUCGGGGAGUUGGGAGGCAUCGGAUAUUGGGCAAUUAUCCACAGCCGUAAGUUUGGCUCCCAUUUUUGAACCCGUCACUUGCUCUCCUUUCUAAUAAAUAAAUAUAAAUAGUGGCGCGAGAGGGAGUCGCUAGGCACACUUGGGAUAUACCCGCAAAUGUUACCAAGUCUUUUAUCAAGGUACGAACAAAGAUCCGGAAAAGCCUUCAAGUUUCGUUCUGACACGGUGAAAGAGACAAUUGGCUCAGCAGAUGGUUGCUGGCCCAGCCUUAUGGGCCGCAAAAGCUGCAAUUGCAGCUCUUUACAUCCGCCUUUUUGGUACCAAAAGAUGGAUCACUCUUUCUUCAUACGGAAUGAUCAUUUUCAUGUUUCUUUUCUACGGAUCCAAUGUCAUUAUAGCAGCAGUAUACUGCCUCCCCAGAAAUGGGGCCCCUUGGGAUGGAACCGCGUUCGCUAGAUGUUCAAGUCCUGUAUCCUCAGCAAUAGUCAAUGGUGUUUUUGGUGUGAUUGCAGAUCUAUUCCUCUUUUUUCUCCCCUUUCCAAUCGUUCUGAGGUUACACCUCACUAAACAAAAGAGAUUUGGGUUGUCAAUUGUACUUUCCACCGGUCUUUUGUGAGUAUAAACAAUUUCAGUACCUUGAAGGGAUAAACUGACAAUCACAGGAUGGUUAUUACAAGUACGGCAUCACUUGCCUACAGGGUGACAGUUUACCUUGGUAACGAUCCGGUUUGGAACGGACUCAAUGUCUCUAUCACGACGUCAGUCAACUGUAUGGAACCGAUCGAUAGUAAAGCUGACUCGUAGCUAGCUUCGCAGAAGUCUUUGGAACUGUAAUAAUCAGUUGUGCCCCGUCAAUUUCCUAAUUCUGGCUUAAAAUCUUUGUUAAAUCCAGUUUGUAUUCCAGUCUCAGAUUAGGAUUAUUUUCCAGAAGAUCCCCCCCAGCUACGGAGGGACGUCAGGAUAGCGAGGGGCAACGCCGAUCAACAUCCAAGUUGGGCCAUGGGCAUAACCACAGCUACAAAGAAAUGGAUAACGCGUCCACUGAAUUCUACAAUGGGCCAACUAGGAUUUUCUCUUCCAAGGGCGGUGCUAUCCCCAUGAAAAAUGUAAUUGUGCGACCUACUGAUAUUGAUCAAACUGUCAAGAAGAUCGAAUGGGAGGAUAGCCAGAGAUGCUAG